UCGGACACUCACAUACACACACACACAGGCUGAGUCCAGAGAUCCUGAGACACACUCAUACACACACACUGAGCCUGGAACUAUGGCUGUCACCAACUUCCCCUACAUCACUCGGAUGAACAGCGGUUUCAAGGUCUACAUCCUGGAAGGCCAACCCCACCUGCGGAGCGAGGACCGGUACAGACAUGUGACCAGUGAUCGCGUGCGGCUGGUUCCUGCCCGUCCAGUCGGACGUCCAGUCAAACGCAAGCACAGCUCAGAGCUCGGUUUGACCUUGGAAGAGAGGAGGGAGCGCGUCCUGAGUAAGCACGCGGCAGCGGUGCGGAGGUCGUCGGUGGCGAGCGUUCCGGAGAGCCCGUCCUCCACGUCCACGGGCAGCCCCGCGUCCAGCCCCACCCUGAGCCCGCUGGCGUGCCCGGCCUACGCCGCGCCCAUGCUGGACCAGCCGCUGGCGCUCAUCAAGAAGCCGCGGCGCCAGGAGCCCCCGCCGGAGAUGCCCGCCGAGAGGACCAAGACCGUGCCCGCCAGCCAGCAGCAGGUCCGUCCUUCGGUCAUCACUUGUGUCUCCUCGGCAACCAAGUCCAACCGCAGACCCCUGGAGCGCUACAGUCACUCCACAGUGGUGUCGGAGGGCAGUUGUGACCGCGUUGAGGAGCACUUCCAGCGCAGCCUGGGGGCCAACUACUACAAGACCUCCUCUUCCUCCUCCUCUUCCUCCUCUGCCUCCUCCUCCUCCUCCCCGCCGUCCACUUCGCCGUCCAGCAGCGUGUCCGUGGACGAGCACUUCGCCAAGGCGCUGGGGGACAAGUGGCUCCAGAUCAAGGGCUCGUCCUCCACCUCCACCUGUGGCUCUUCCUCUCCAUCCUCCUCCUCCGCCUCUCCGCCCGGCAGCCCCCUCUUCCUGCACGCGCAGCGCCGCGUGCUGCCCACCCUCGCACACGCACGCACGCACACACACGGGCACGGGCCGCGGGGCACCUCCAGGCCGGACGCGCGCCCACACACACUCUGGGUCAUCAAGUAGACGACCGUCUCCGUCUCUGCUGCACGAGAGAAGAGAGGAGAGGAGAAGAGAAGGGAAGAUGUUUGUGACGGAAAGUUCCGCCAUGUUCCGGCCUCGGGCCCCGGCUUCAGCUGUAUAAAGCACAGGGAACUCUGGGAGUCUCCCAGGGGGUGAUGGGAUUGUGGAGGACCUCUAACAGUCUUCGGAUAUGCUACUGUCCUACUCUGUCUGUUCCUUCAGACUCGCCGGGAUAAAUCUCACCGUGUCCUCAUUUCAAAAUACAAGCAUUUCUUACUCGGGCAGUUUUUAGUGUGUAGGAGAUGAUGUGUCCAGCAUACUGUACCUGAACUGGACCUUUUCCUGCCCGAGACUGGACGUGGGGCCUCAUUUCAACAUGGUGAAGCUAGCAUUGCACUGAUAGCAUAGCACACAUAUUUUACUGUACAACAUGGUGAAGCUAGCACUGCACUGAUAGCGUAACACACAUAUUUUACUACACGUUUUUGCUGUUUGCUUCUCUAACGUUGACCAAUUUUGGGGGUGGCUUGCUGGGUAGCUUCUCUUAGAAGUUCUCUCCAGACAAGUCUGUUUGGUGUUAUUUAUUAUUAUGUUCAAAGAGAAGAAAAGGAUCAAAACUCCUGAUCGUCACCCCCCGCCCCCCUUCCAUAACCCACACUGUGGGGAGGAGGUAGACCGCUAUAGUAGAAAUGUGAGUUGAGUUGACCAACCUUUUCAACAUUUCACUUUCAUUUCAAGUCUGCCUCUAGUUCUGAACUUGGUUUUUGUACGUAAUUCUUCCUGGGGUUUACCUGAAGAUGUUGUAUAUAAGCCUGCAGUAUCACACAGCACUACCAGACACACCCUUCAAUGAGUGAUUCCAUUUCUCUUGUCACAAUGCACUGGAAUAGAAUCCAUUCGGUUCCAUGGCAACAGACAGAGUUAGAACAAACGUUCUCUGAUACAAUCAGACAAAGAUGUUUUGUCAGACCAUUUCAGUGCCUAUGGAUUUCAGCAGCUGUAUGAUAAAUGUUUUUUUGUACAUUGUUUUCCAAUAAAAAAAAGUCUUGUUAU